UACAACGCGUUGGCGGGAGAAGUCUUGCUCUGCUUGUGGAACCUGGCCUCUUCUAAAUAGUUCGAUAUCAAACAUGAAUGUAGAGAAGUGCUCCUGCUAGCCUUGUAGACGUCCUUUUUCCUUUAUUGACACUACGCGCUGACGCCCAGCUAAGUAAUACUAUUCAUGUUGGUUAUAUACUAUUUCAUAGUAAAAAAAAGUAUACUUAGAUCCGUAUUUUAAAUCCAAGUAAAAGAUUUACGCCAUUAUCAUGCCUUUCAGUACUUUUCCUAGGAUGUUAUCAAUGGCACAACGGUAGUGAGAGCAACCACUUAUUCUUGUACUGGUUGUUUGAAGUAGUAAAGAACUACAUAUAUGCAGUUAUUUUACGUGCGACGCUAUUGUGGAAAGCCUUUAGUGUUUAAAAAGCUCUUUGAUGUACAUUUUUGUAACAUUUAAACCAUAUUCCUAUUCAACUAAUAAAGCAUAUCUUUGAUGCCAACCGAUAUGAUUAUUGCUUUUCAGCCAGUAAGUAUAAGUAAACAUACGACUUGAUAAGAAUCUACUUCAGCCAAAGUUGGCAUCAGCUCAAUGAAGUGAAAUUAGCAAGAUCAAUAAUAUUGAAUACGAGAGUAAUUAUAUCAAUAAUUCAGACAAAUCACCAAUGAUACCUUUUGUGAAUUAUCAGCGUUUGUUUGUCGGUCUACUACCUUCGUCGUAUUUAAGAUCUAGCUAUCAUCGAAUACUAAGAAGAGUUAUCUAUUUGUGCAUCGGCAUCACACUUCUAUUAUUUUUAUGGUUAGCAUUUUACAUAUCUGAUUCAACAUGGUUUAGUCGUGUAUCUAUAUCCCCAUACCCUUGGAGUAAGACACGUUUUACACAUACAAGUAAUAACGGAGUAGCAACGACAAAAACCAACUAUGUAUAUGGUGUUGUGUUCGACGCUGGAAGCACUGGAAGCCGUGUUCACAUAUUCAAACUAGUUCAUAAUCCCUUAGAUCCUUUCAAACCGUUUACACUAUUGGAUGAUAAAUAUCAUCAUGUUCAACCUGGUUUAUCUUCAUAUGCGGAAAAACCAGAGGAGGCAGCAUUAAGUUUAACGAAAUUAAUUAAUAUUGCUGAAACUAGUCUUCCUGUUGAUGUGUGUCGUAAUACUCCAGUUAUUUUAAGAGCUACCGCUGGUCUUCGACUAAUUUCUGCGCAUAAAGCAGAGAAUAUUUUAAAAGCUGUACGACAUAGAUUAUCUCAAACUUGUUUUAAACAAUUACCUAACGCUGUAACUAUUAUGGAUGGAUUUUAUGAAGGUCUAUAUUUAUGGUUGACAUUAAACUUUCUCAAUAAUCGUUUAUCAAAUGGAAAAGCACAAAAGAAGAAUGCAGUGAUUGAAAAUUCACUUACACAAACAAUUGGUACAUUAGAUCUAGGUGGAGGUUCUACACAAAUCACAUUUAUUCCCACUGAGUUGAAUACUCUCAACAAUGCACCUGAUGAUUUUAUCACGUAUUUUGACGUACAAAAUAGUAGUGAUAAACCGAAACAAAAAAUCUAUUCACAUAGUUACUUAGGCCUAGGACUAAUGUCUGCACGUUAUUCAAUGUUAUAUAAUGCAACUGAACAUUUCAAGUUAAUUACUGAAGGAAAGAAAGAGUUUUUUCAUCCUUGCUGGCCUAAUAAUGUAACUCUUAAAUGGAAUCAUGCCGGUAAAGAUUGGCAAAUCAGUCGUAUGAAUCGUUCAAUGUCUAAAUCUUUAUUAUCAUUUAUUAAAACCAAAUCAAUUUAUCAUCAUCAAGCAGCAGUUGAACCGGUCAAUGUUAAUGCUAAUAAUAUUGAUAAUGAUCAUCUAAUGUUGUGCUAUGCUUUAGCAGUGAAUGUAUUACAAAAUCCUGUUGAAGGUGAUGUAAAUGUUAUCAGAUAUCCACCAAACAAUAAUAUUGUUCAUCAACCAGUUGAAGUGAAAACACGUGAAUUUUAUGCAUUUUCAUAUUAUUUCGAUUUAGCUGUUAGUGUUGGUUUAAUACAUGAAAAUACUGGUGGAUUUCUUACAGUGAAUGAUUUUCAAAAUGCUGCUGAACGAGUUUGUCGUAACCCAAAUCCCCAGAAACCAUUCGAUUGCAUGGAUCUUAGUUUUAUCACUGCAUUAUUGCAUAGUGGUUAUGGGUUCCCAUCAGAUAAAAAAAUUGGAUUUUUUAAAAAAGUCAAUUCUUUUGAAAUCAAUUGGAGUCUUGGUGCCUUAUUUUCAGAAUUGUAUCAUAAAUAAACUGCCUGAAAAUAAAGGAUAAUACGUUCAUUACAUCAUCAUUGUUGUUUACUUUGUAUGAUACAUACGUUAGUUAUAUCGAUCAGAUUUCGGUUCUUUUAUAUCUAUAAAAAAUAAGUUUUAUGAACUCCAUAUUCAUUUUUUUUUUAAAAGUCUAUUUUUAUCAACUUUCUUAAUACCUACCUACCUGACUACUACUACUAUUACUACUACUAUUAAUAACAAUAGGGUCUAUAUUAUUCUUUUUAACUGUUGUUGUUGUUGUUGUUAUGACAACAAUUUAAUGCCAUGAUUGCAUAUAAGUUUGAUUUUAAUCCUGUUUUUCUUUUUUUGUUUAUUCAUUUACUUACGUAAUAUUCAAUGAAUCUAAUAACUAUUUGUUAUAAUAAAUCCAUCCUUUAAAGUUGCUCAGAUCCAAUGUUAACGUCGUUUAUUUUCAGCUCUUAAAUUGUUCUUUGUUUUUUUCUUCUCUUUUGUUUCUCAGUGUAGAUAAAGUCUUUUCACUAUCAUUUUAAAAAAACAGAUUAAUUAGUUGAUAUUCUCAAUAUAGUCAACUUUUUCAAACUCAAUUCGAUCUGGUUUUGUCAAUAUCAUCUUAGAAUGUUAUCCUAAUCCUUUUUUUGACCACAAAUGAUUCUUUUUUUUUCCCAAGCUUUUUAAGUUAUGUGACUUCAAAAGAUAAUGUUUGUUUGUUUUUUAAAUUACACUGUUUGAUGGGUUGGACACUUUGAUGAAUUAGGUAAAUGAUGGAUAAUACAGGCUAAUAUCUC